AUGGUUCAUUACGCGACAGUUUGGGCAUCACGUACAAACAUAGCACAACGUCGUGGUCGUGCGGGGCGUGUUCGCGAAGGAUUCUGCUUCCAUCUGUGCUCAAAAGCUCGAUAUAAUGCGCUGGAAGAACAUCGUACGGCGGAAAUGCUGCGGACUCCGUUGCAUGAAAUUGCGCUAACAAUCAAGCUAAUCGGGCUGGGUUCGAUUGGUGAUUUCCUCGCCAAAGCAAUUGAACCACCACCAAUCGAUUCAGUGAUUGAAGCCGAAGUUCUUCUGCGA